AGGAACAGCCAAGGACCAUUGCAUAAAGAAAUAUAUAAGAUUCCAAUAUAGAAACGCAGACCUUACGUAUGGUUAAAAAUUUGUAGACAUUCUGAACUCUACCAUUAACUAACAACCAACAGACAAACAGACAUUGCAUAAAGAAACAUACAAGAUUCCAAUAUAGAAAACCAGGCCUUAUAGCAGGGGACGGGAGCCUAAACCCUAAUUCCAGAAUUCCCUGAAAUGGCUGAUCAGAGUAGUUUGAAGGAUCGUGUGGCCAUCGUGACGGGCGCGUCGCGAGGAAUUGGCAGAGAAAUCGCGCUUCAUUUGGCCCGCAAGGGAGCAAAAGUGGUGAUCAAUUACGCUGGAAAUGCAGAGAAAGCAGAAGAGGUUGCUCUAACAAUUAACAAGGGCUGUGAUACAGUCACAGCCGUGACCUGCAAGGCCGAUAUUUCCAAGGCAAUCGAAGUAAGAAAACUCUUUGAUGUGGCGGAGGAAACAUUCGGCCCAGUGCACAUUCUGGUUAACAACGCGGGCAUAAACGACCCUAAAUCCUCACCCCUGGCGGAAACCCCCGAAGAAUUGUGGGAAUCCAUCUUCAGUGUGAAUUGUAAGGGAGCCUUCCUCUGUUCCAGGGAAGCCGCCAACAGAGUGGUAAAAGGCGGCAGAGGGCGCAUUAUAAACCUAAGCUCGUCCGUAGUGGGGUCACUGAGGCCUGGAAAUGCAGCAUACGGGGCCAGCAAGGCAGCCGUGGAAACCAUGACCAAAAUUUUGGCGAGGGAAUUGUGGGGCACCAAGGUUACUGCAAAUUGCGUGGCCCCAGGGCCGGUGGCCACUGAAAUGUUGUUUGCAGGAAGGAGCGAAAACGAAAUUCAACGCGCUGCGCAGGCAGCCCCUUUUGGACGGCUGGGCGAGGUGGAUGACGUGGCGCCCGUCGUGGCAUUUCUGGCCAGUGAUGAGGGAGAGUGGGUUAAUGCUCAGGUUGUUCGGGUCAAUGGCGGCUAUGUAUAAACCCUAAAGGUGUCUGUUUGAUUUGAGGUUGUGGAUUAAAGAAGAGUGUAUCCGAAACCCUUGGAGUUGGAGUAACUUCUCUGCAGAGAAAUUCAAAGCUGAUCUGCAGUGAUAACUAAACCCUAGAUAUGUGUGCUUCAGUAUUGUUUAUUAUAUCGUAAAACUCUAUUUGGAUCUGUCAGAUGUGGUUCAAAGCUGUUUCUAUUGUUUUCCACUGGAAAUUUCUUUGCUUUUAUAAUUUCAGUUACAAAUGCUUGUAAAUCGGUCUAUUACAAUGAAUUAUAUUCUGAUUUGUAAUUUCUUU